AUGCGUAUUGUUGUUGUCCCUGCGACAACAUCUUGUAUAAAUCAGCCCAUUCCUCCCGUCAUACUGAUGCUUUCUGAUCUCAACUCACCAGACAAGCUUCUUCUCACUCACACUCGUUUCUAUCCAACUAUCUACACUCCCUCUUCCCACAAAGCCACCCUCACCCACUCCCUCAAAAUGCGUACCGCUACCGUUACCGCCGCCUUUGCGUCCCUUCUGAUGACUGUCGCAGCCGCCCCCCAGGGCUUCAACUGCCAGUCCCACGGCUUCUGCACCUACAGCGACCCCAACUGCAACUUCUGUCUCAACAUCGCAGGCUCCGCGAAGCUCGACAUCUGCCAUCAGUUCAACCCCGCAUACACCAGCGCCCCGGGUGACAUCAGUCGCGGUCCUUCAGGUGCCGACUUCCAGUGCAUGCUUACGUGCUGCCUCUAA